AUGAGUCCUUCUCUUCUCGGCGCCUUUUCGGUGCUCUUCUUUGCCAUCUCCUUCUUACUCCCUGUUAACGCCGCAGCGCCAUCUUACAACUUUACCCAAGAGGCCAUCAACAACGGCGACGCUCUCGCUCAACUUGCUGCAAAGGCUCUCGCUAACUCCAAAGCCUUACACCAACGUUCGGCAGCAUUUGCAAACUCGACAUGCACACCGGACAAUGUUCGCCAGCGGAGAGCCUUUGUAGCUGCCAUUGAGUGCAUGCAGAGCUCCCCGAGUUUGUAUGAACCGGGAGUGAUGCCGGCUGCGAAGACUUUGUAUGAUGAUUUUGUGGCCAUCCACCUCAAGCAGACCCCUGUAAUCCAUAGAUCGGCUAAUUUCCAGCUCUGGCAUCGCCUGUUUACUGAUGUAUUUGAGCAGAAGGUCCGCGAAUGCGGUUAUACUGGUACAUUCCCCUUCUGGGAAUGGGGUUAUGAUGCGGAAGAUCCUGCGCUAUCACCUCUCUUUGACGGAUCAGACACUUCCAUUGGCAGCAACGGCGCCUUUGUUCCUCAUGAAGGCCUCGAAAUUCACCAGGCUUACACUAACGUGACCCUCAAACUCGAACCCGGAUCUGGCGGCGGCUGCAUCAUGUCGGGCCCCUUCUCCAAUAUGACUGUCAACCUUCCCGUCGUUCAGAACACCGACACUCCCCUCGCUGCUGACCCGCGCUGCUUGCAGCGAGACCUCAACAAGCACGUCUCUUCGCGACACACCACGUUCCGGAACACGACUCUCCUUCUGACUGAGCACAACACGAUCGAGUCAUUUUGGGGUUUCAUGAACGGCGAUGAUCGUUAUAUCAGCCCCUUUGAGCUGGGAGUUCAUGCGGGUGGCCAUUGGCAGCUCGGAGGCGACUCUGGCAACAACUUCUUCAUCUCUCCAGCCGACCCAGCUUUCUUCCUGCACCACAGCCAGAUCGACCGCGUUUACUGGAUCUGGCAGAUGCUUGACUGGGAGAACAGACAGGACAUCUUUGGCACUGUCACGAUGCAAAAUAUCCCGCCGAGUCGUAACGGCACUUUGGACGACCUUGUUGAUCUUCGCCCUUUGGCUGAGCCGAGAAAGUUGAGGGACCUGAUGAGCACUGUUGGUAUUGGUGGCUCUCCAUUCUGCUAUGUCUACGAAGGAUAA